AUGAACGUCAUGACUGUAUUCAGCUCGGAGUUUGGGAAGCGGAAUACCCCUUCAGUAUCCCUUGUGAAUCCUGUUCUUCAGGCUUACAAACAAAUUCAAGUAGACAUUCAUGAUAAGCUUGGAUCACUCGAAACGCAUAUGUCAAAAAAUAUAAAGUAUCUGCACGACGUUCAGGAUGAUGCUUACUACGAAAGACGCAGACGAAAUAACGACGCAGCGAAACGGUCGAGGGACGCCAGACGUAUGAAAGAGGAAUUGAUAGCCGAAAAAGCUAGCCGUCUAGAGCGAGAAAACGGUCAACUUCGAGGACAGGUGGCUCUUCUCAAAUCAGAAACAGCUCGUCUUCAACUGCUGCUCUUCUCACGACAACAACUACCAGCAGUGUCUGCCACAAAAACUGAAAUCAAAAGCGAAUCUAUCGAAGCGCUUUUCCCAACCACUCGACUUACAGCACUUCCAAGUGAUAUGGAGGUUCAACCAUAA